GAAUAGAAGGGCGGCGCGCGUGGAUGACGUCAGCCGGUGCCAGCUGAGGAGUCUAGGAGGUCCUGAGGGGGGUGUCAAGUGCUGAGGGGCCCCCGCCGCCGCCGUGUGACACAGACAGUGUCUGCAAUGCCAGAGCUGGUUCACCAGGGCCCUUCUCCAGAGGGCUGAAGAAUGAAAAUCUCCACCAUCGGAUUGACUAAGAUCUGCUUCCUGCUGUCCGUGUCACUCUGCAUUCUCCUCUUCCUUCUCAGUCCAUGGAGGCAGCAUGCCCUACCCAAGCCACUGCUGGUCCCAGCCUGUAACCUCACCUGUACCCGCAUUUACCUGGAGUCCCGGCCUGAGGUCACCAGGCUUUCCACCGCCACACAGGACUGGAGGAGAAACCUUGUGAAGUCCCCUGCGAACGUCGGCCUGAAAGACGAUUCUCGUUCAAGCGACCUUCUUCAGUUAGACGAUCUGUUUAUCGCGGUGAAGACCACAAAGAAGUAUCACAGAACUCGAGUGGACCUUCUUCUGCAGACCUGGAUCUCCCAAGCAAAUAAGCAGACUUUCAUCUUUACAGAUUAUGAAGACCAAGUGCUGCGCCAGAGAGCAGGGAGUCAGAUGGUGAACACGAACUGCACCGCAGUGCACACGCGACAAGCUCUGUGUUGUAAGAUGGCUGUGGAGUAUGACAAAUUUGUGCUUUCCUCCAAGAAAUGGUUCUGUCACAUGGAUGAUGACAAUUACCUGAAUCUGCGUGCCCUGUUAGAUCUGCUGUCUGCCUUCCCGCACAACACGGAUGUUUACGUCGGGCGACCCAGUCUGGACCACCCUGUGGAGACGCUGGACAAGAUUAAGGGCGAUGGCUCGUCAUCUCUGAAGUUCUGGUUUGCAACUGGUGGUGCUGGAUUCUGUAUCAGCCGAGGCUUGGCCCUGAAGAUGAGUCCAUGGGCUAGCAUGGGGAACUUCAUUAGCACAGCGGAGAAGGUUCGGCUUCCUGAUGACUGCACCAUCGGGUACAUUAUUGAAGGAUUGCUGGAGGUGAAAAUGCAGCACAGCAACCUCUUCCACUCGCACCUGGAAAAUCUCCAGAUACUCCCUCAGAUUUCCUUACUGCAGCAGGUAACCCUGAGCUAUGGUGGCCCCGAAAACAGAAGAAACGUUGUACGAAUUUCUGGAGCCUUCAGCUUAGAGCAGGACCCAACAAAGUUUAAAGCCAUUCAUUGUCUGCUUUAUCCAGAGACGAGCUGGUGUCCGCAGAAAAAUCAUCUGUCUUCCUUGACAUGAGUUCCAUCGCACAUCUAGAUUUGACGUCUUCCAAUUUUUUUUGUUUCUGUGAAACAAUGUAUAAAAGCACACAGUGUCUGAAAGCAUAACUGACCUCACCAACCAAUUACCAGGAAGGGCGGCAGAGGAGGUAGAGAUUGUGUAUUUUUGGUGUCAAAUUGAAAGUAUAACUAAAGCCAAG